AGGGAGCCCCACUAUUGGGAGCCAUCCUUGUGCCUGAGUCAUAACUGCCCUUAUGACAUCGUAGGUCUCUCUAUUCACUCUAUCUACCCAUCCAUGGCUAGAGGAACACAGACCUGAGGGGAUUUGAACCAUCUACACCCAAUCCAUGUGGGACCAAUGGAGGAGGAGCAGCCUGAACAAAUUAAUGAACAAAUUGGAGAUGAACCUCAGCAGAAAGAGGAGCCGACUUGGUUAUCCCCAGAAUUACUGACCUCAGAGAAGAAGGUGGAGGCUGAAGAUGUAGAUACAGUCAAGACAGAUAAAGUGGAUGGUGCUAAUAAUGGAGAUAGACAAAUCCCAGGAAACCAAGAUAAGCCCUCUACCAGUAAUCCAGAAGUCAUAAAGAUCCAGGCCUGGUGGCGGGGCACCCUGGUGCGCCGGACACUGCUGCACGCAGUAAUCAGAGCAUUGGUCAUUCAGCGCUGGUGGAAGAACAUCCUGACAAAGCUGAUGGAGAGGAGGCGCCGUGCAGCACUGGAGACCUUUACACGGAACGAGUGGGCGGCAGUCAAGCUGCAGUCCUGGGUCCGCAUGUGGCGCAUCCGUAGGCGCUAUUGCCGUUUGCUCAAAGCUGCCCGCAUUAUCCAGGCCUACUGGAGGUGCCACUCCUGCACUUCCCAGGGUUUCAUCAAGGGCCAGUACAGAGUCACGGCCAACCAGCUGCAUCUCGAGCUAGAGAUCUUGCUGGGCUCAGGGCCUUGCAUUGUGUCAGAGUGUAUUCCCCUCCCAAUAAAGCAGUGAAGUGGUC